GAGUCCAUGCACGCUGGAAGCUCUCCACGGGACUAUCAUCUCCCCUCCAUCUGCAGAGCGACACGCAGCAGAGAGCUGGAGAAGGUUCAAGAGAAAAGAGACUCUGACAUGACGGUGGUGGAGAAGAGAUACAGUGUGUCCCAUCAGCAGACCGUAUCUGAGCUCAGAUUAACAUGGAGUUCAUGGGUUUCGAGCAGGAAGGGGCUCCACGAACCAGUUGGUGAUGAAUGCAAAACUGUGGGUGUACUAAACACAGUGAUUUUCUGGAAUCUAAGGGAUGCUUUGCCAACACAACACCCUCUGGCAGAAAGGUCAGCCCCUCAUCUUCUGUUGAAACAUGUCUUAGUGUGAGUGAGCCUCCAGGCCCGUGCAAAGUGUCUGUUCACCUAGACCUUGCUGCAGAUUUGGAUCUGAAAUCCUCCUCACAUUCUGUUCACUCCUCUGAAACAUCAUUGCCUGAGGACCUGAAGGAUAAAUAUCCUGAGGAGUUCAGCUUGCUUAAAUUACAGACAAAAGAUGGGCAUCGUCCUGAGUGGACAUUUUACCCGAGAUUUAGCAGCAAUAUCCACACCUACCAUGUUGGAAAGCAGUGUUUCUUUAAUGGAGUCUUCCUUGGCAACAGGAGGUCUCUAUCAGAGAGAAUAGUGGACAAGUGCUUUGGGAGGAAGAAAUAUGAUAUUGAUCCUAGGAAUGGAAUACCAACGUUAACUCCAGGAGAUAACCCAUAUAUGUACCCAGAACAGAGUAAAGACUUCCACAAAACAGGAUCAACUCUCCCACCAGUGAAUUUCUCCAUAGUGCCUUAUGAAAAGAAAUAUGAUACAUUUAUUCCACUUGAGCCUCUUCCACAAAUUCCUACCUUGCCUUUCUGGGUGAAGGAGAAGGCCAACAGGCUGAAGAAUGAGAUAAGAGAGGUUGAGGAGCUUGACAAUUGGCAACCAGCGUCCCCCUUGAUACACAAUUUGCUCCCUGCUGGUUCUUUGGAUUCCCCAAGACAACCCUGAACAGAAAGAGGCCCACAGAGCAUGCACUGACUGUAGUCUGGAGAGCCUCUUCCAAUUGACCACUUCUGUCAGUGUGACUGUUCUAAAUCAAAUGUUUGACUUUGAUGAGUAA